GAAAAGCUGGUUACACUAAAAAAAACUGGCUGUGUCAGACACGUGAAUGACUAAAACGUAAACAAAUUAUUUUAAAGCUUUCAAUAAAACUGUCAAAUAUGGAGAACAACGAUCUUGGAAACCUAAAGCUUCUCGAGUGCAACUCGCAGGUAGCUGAGCUGCUGACCAUUCUGCGCGACAAAAACACCACCCGCAGCGACUUUAAGUUCUAUGCCGAUCGACUGAUUCGUCUCGUGAUCGAGGAGUCCCUCAACCAGCUGCCGUACACACACUGCGACGUGGAGACGCCCACUGGAGCCAUAUACGAGGGCCUGAAGUAUCGCUCCGGCAACUGCGGAGUGUCCAUCAUCCGCUCCGGCGAGGCCAUGGAGCAGGGAUUGCGCGACUGCUGCCGCUCUAUUCGCAUUGGCAAGAUCCUGGUCGAAUCGGAUGCCAAUACCCAUGAGGCUCGUGUGGUGUAUGCCCGCUUUCCGGACGACAUUGGCAGCAGGCAGGUGCUGCUGAUGUACCCCAUCAUGUCCACCGGGAACACUGUGCUGCAGGCGGUGAAUGUGCUGCGGGAACACGGCGUCCCCGAGAGCUGCAUCAUCCUGUCCAACCUGUUUUGCACUCCCAUGGCCGUCCGCACCGUCGUAAAUGCCUUCCCCAAGCUGAAGAUACUCACCUCCGAGCUGCACCCGGUGGCCCCCAAUCACUUUGGGCAGAAAUACUUCGGUACAGACUAGAGAUUUGGGACUGUCAUGCCACAGACACUUGACGACUAAGCGCUGCUUAGGAUAGAUGGCAUUUGAAACGAACGUCAAGUCGGCGUCGUCCAGCGGUCUACCAAACUACUUUAGCAACUGUUAGCUUUUCACAACUGGCUUUUAAUGCAACUCUCAAAUACGUUAUGUUCGUUACGCACUAUUGUAUAUAUAGAAACUGGAAUAAAUAUUUAAAACGA